CGCUGCAACAAAGACCCGAAAACAAAGAGAGAACAGGAGCCAGCAUCAUGCCGCAGGCGAGAAACGAGACCUCGCAAUAACAAAGACCCGAGAUACUUCCUCCUCCUCCUCCUCCUCUCUCUCUCUCCUUUCUUUUUGGAUCCAAGCAGAAAAGCAAAAACAAAAACUCCAAACUCCAAACAGACCCAACCUUUCUUUCUUCUUUCAUUUUGUCCAAAACCCAACCAAAAACAAGAAAAGAGGAAAAAAAAAAUGAAGAGAAACCCCAAACCAAAUCCCACCCAUUCUCCCAUCUUCUCUCUCUAAUUCUUCCAAAAGCCCCAAAAUCCUCUCAAACUCCAAUCCGAUCGGAUCGCGAUCUCACAUGAAUCUAAAAUCUAAUGUCCUCCAAGAAUCACCACCAUCCGAAACCGUGCUCUCACCUCGCCUCCUACCGCUCCGCCCACGCCCCAAACCCCUUCCGAUCCCUUCAGUCCUGCCUCCACAUCAGGCCUCCAGGCCACGCCUCACUUCGUCACGAUCCCUCUGAGAUCCCCAACUGCGCCGUUUGCAGCUCCACCUCCCCACGCCUCUACGCCUGCCUUGCUUGCGCCACCGUCUCCUGCUGGGCCCCUUCCCUUCCCCACCACGCUGCAGCCCACGCCUCCUCCCUCCCCUCUGGCCACGAGAUCGCCAUCGACAUCCACCGCGCAGAGCUCUUCUGCUGUGCCUGCGGUGAUCAGGUCUACGACUGUGACUUCGAUGCCGUUGUCGUUCUCUCCCAGACUGCCGCCGCCUACGGUUCACAGCAGGCCGCACUACCCGAGAACCUCAGGAAGAGGCGGAAGGUGAAUUACCAGCCGUGGGCCCCAGAUUCGAGGGAGCAGGCAUUGAUUGGCAGGGGAUCGAGCCUCCUCCGGGAGGACUCGUUGCCGAGGGGCCUGCGGGGCUUGAACAACCUUGGCAACACAUGUUUCAUGAACUCGGUCCUGCAGGCGCUGCUGCAUACGCCGCCACUGCGGAACUAUUUCUUGAGCGACCGGCACAACCGGUAUGCCUGCCAGCAGAAAAAUGGGAGGAAGGGUAGCGGUAACGAUGGCAAGAACUUGCCGCCGCGUUUGUGCUUGGCUUGUGAUAUGGAUGUGAUCUUCUCUGCUGUCUUCUCUGGAGAUCGGACACCUUACAGCCCUGCCAAAUUUCUAUACAGCUGGUGGCAGCAUGCAGCAAACCUUGCGAGUUAUGAGCAACAAGAUGCACAUGAAUUUUUUAUCUCUGUACUUGAUGGGAUCCAUGAAAAGGUGGAGCAAGAUCAAUGCAAGCUCCAAAAUCAAGGCAAUGGAGACCGUUGUAUUGCUCAUAGAGUAUUCUCUGGUACUUUGAGAUCUGAUCUCACUUGCACUGUCUGUGGUUUCACCUCUACUACGUAUGACCCCUGUGUAGACAUCUCAUUGGACUUGGAACCAAGCCAAGGGACUUUGAAGACCACUUCCACAAGGUCUCAUGCCUGCAAUGGAGAGACAGAGUCGGUCAUGUCAAGCCAAGGCUGUGGAAUAUCUACCCUCAUGGGAUGCUUGGACCGCUUUACAAGGCCUGAAAAGUUAGGGUCAGACCAGAAAUUCCUCUGCAAACACUGUCGAGUGGAACAAGAGACCCUGAAACAGAUGUCCAUAAGAAAGCUUCCACUUGUUUCUUGUUUCCAUAUCAAAAGGUUUGAGCAUUCAUCGACUAGAAAUAUGACAAGGAAGGUAGACCGCUAUUUGCAGUUCCCAUUUUCCUUGGACAUGUCACCUUACCUGUCUUCGUCAAUCUUGCGGAGUAGAUUUGGCAACCGGAUUUUUGCUUUUGAUGGUGAAGAGUCUGAUACGACCACUGAGCCGUCUUCACAGUUUGAGUUGUUUGCAGUGGUUACCCACACUGUGGAGGGUAAAGGGGGCCUAAAUUUUUGAGGCACUCCUUUGGCUGUCGGAAAGUUUUCUUCGAUUUAAGGUAUGGUUUCUAUUUAGUGGUUUGCUUCAAUUCUUUAUCUGCAUAUUUAAAUCUUGUUGGCCAAUUCUUUUUCCCUGAUCGUCAGAAGUUGCAGUGCUUGGAAGUGUAAUUUAUUUUUUGUUUUUUACAAUCUGAUUUAAGAGUUUUUCCUUCCAUCCACUUCAUUUUUUGUGUUUGCCCACCUGACUGACUGUUAGAGAGUAAACAUCCAUCUCAUGUUUCCUCAUAAGAGGCUGUUGGUUAAGUCACGUAUGAAAGAUUAUUAUCUUUUUAGAUUUUUGGUUUCAGGUACUUAAUAACUGAUUCUUGUUCCAACUGCAUAGAGGUCUCGUAUUAAUAGGCUAUGAACCACAUGUAGAUGAAAAGGAGAAUCACAGACUGAGAUGAAGAAGUUGGGUGGAUUUUGAAGAGGAGAAUUGUAGACCGGGAUGGAAAGGAAGUCAGCACAGAAAGUUUCUGCUAUCUAAUCUAAUUUUUAUCUGGCAAGGCAACCAUGUGUGUCGAACCAUAAUCUUAGAACAUCUUGUUUGCAGCAUCAAUAUGGGAAAACAUGUAAACUGGGUUCCAUCAUCUGUUUCAUCCGUAACAAACCAUGGAUCUGCUAUAUGAAAUUUAUCCGGCUUUGAUUUAUUCAUAUAAAUGCAAAAAUCUCAGUUGAGGAUAGCUUGCUUUUUUCAAAGGCAAAAGGAAGACUGGCUAAGCCACUGCUGCAAUUAAUUGCUUUUCUUGCUUAUUUAAGGUAUUCUUGUGGAAUAUAGGGAUGCCUUCUUUUCUAACAUGCCCUGAGGCCUGUCCAGAUCACCUGUAGUUCCCAAAUUUCCAUGAUUAAUGGAACAUUGUACUUUUGACCUUGGUGCUUAAUAUGACUGUAGUCAUACUGCUAACAUCCUAGCAUAUCACAAUCUAGAGAUUCAGUUUCUACUAUCAUAUCAUGUGCAAGGAUCAAAUUCAAGAGGCUGAACUUUGGGUUGCUUCACGAUGCACAUUAGUAGACCCAGUGUUCAUAGUAUCAGUAUUGUAACAUAUACUGACCAGGGAUACAGAAACAUGUGUUGAUAUUGCGGAUACCGAUACCCAAAAAUGUAUUGCUGACAAUGCAUUCAAUUGCUGUAAGUGGCCAUAACAGCCACCAUUGUUGCCGUUAUGAGACUGCCAUAAUGGUUUCUUCUUCUUCUUCUUU